UUUAUCGUGAAGAUUAGGGCUUUUGUAUCCUCUUCGUCGUCGAGUAAACGCUGGAUCAUCGCCGACGAGAUGCCGGAGCUGAAGAUCGGGACAUUAUGGGCUCCAAAAAUCUCUCUGAUACCAUCCUCCUCGAAGACAAAUCCGGAGAAGGUGACCUCGGUGACAAGAGAGAGCGAAUUGAUAUAUAAACCGGAGAAGGAGCUAGUGGAUGGUCUCUUUGUCCCUCCUCGUGAUCCUAGAAAGAUGAACAAAAUUUUGAGGAAAAGCAUCAAGGAUACGACUGGGCAGGGCUGGUUUGAUAUGCCGGCGCCCACUAUUACUCCGGAGUUGAAGAAAGAUCUUGAGAUUCUCAAGUUGAGGAAUGUCAUUGAUCCAAAGCAACACUUUAAGAAGGGGGGCCAGUCUAAAGGUCUUCCCAAAUAUUUCCAGAUGGGCACCGUGAUCGAACCUAUGUCUGAGUUCUUCUCUAGUAGGUUGUCAAAGAAGGAGCGGAAGGCAACCUUGGCUGAUGAACUACUCUCUGAUCAAACUCUCAAACAAUACAGGAAACGCAAGAUCAAUGAGAUUAAGGAGAAGCGUCAGCCAGGGGGUGUUGAGAAGUGGAAGAACAGGGGUCAUCAGACAUGGAAGAGAGCAAAGCAAAGAAGGGGAUGAGCAACAAGUUAUUUGUAAAAAGUUAUUCAAAUUCAUCAGAGAUUUAUGGCAGUUCAAUGUCAAGAUUAGUUGUCUCUGUUCAUUUUUGUUGAGAGUGUAUUACUUACAUCUGUUAAACAAAAACCAAAUUUAUUUAACCUCUUUUUUAUGUUAACAUUUUACUGUAGUUUGUCAUUUGUUAUAAGUCAACUUUUAGCGUGUUACUUUGAAGCUAGAACCUCAUUGUUGAAUGAAUUGGUUUCACCUCCCAGCUGGAGAUAACCUUCACUA